AUGGAAAUAAAAGGAUGUAAAUCGUUACCUUCACGAUUGGGUCAAUUUACUGAGAGUAUUUUUCAUGAACAUUCUAUAUAUACAUUGAAUAUUCCAUCGGAUAUUAUUGACCAAUAUCUUCCAAAUAAACUUCAGGCUUUUGUUUCCACAACAUUGACAAAUUUGGUCAAACAUUAUUUUUUUUAUUCCAAACCAAUUAUAUAUGCUUCUCGAUCUCAAUUAAGUUCCAAUGUUGAACAAUUAUCUGAUUUAAUAUUAUUUAAAGAUUUUCUAGAAAAUUUACUAUCAAAAAAUGAUUCAGCAUUACGUUAUAAUUUUGUAAUCACUAAUAAUUGUUUAAUAUUUUCACGAAUUCCUCGUAUGCGUCAUGUACCAUAUCAUAUUCUUUGUAAACAUAUAACAUUAUCAAAUCGAUCUACAAAUGUUAGAUUUGCAGGUGAAUUGUGGCGUGAUGACGAUGGUCAAUUUCUAUUAAAUAAUAAUUCGGGUACAUAUCGGCCAUCAGAUAGAUUAAUAAAACAAGCUGUCAAAGUUUUCAAUCAUUUCGCACCUGAAUUAAAAUUUCAAGGUACUGCUUUUCGAAUAAGUGCUCAACCGGCCACUAAACGUCGAAUUAUUAUGAAAAUCAAUAGAAAGAAAUCUAGCAAAAUAUGA